AUGGAAAGAUUCCGUGAGUCUUUUGACGUGGUUGUUGGCCUAACUCGUCUUCAUUAUGAUAUUGUCAAUGACAGGUAAUAUUUUUGAAUAUUUAUAGUAAAAAUUUUAAAAAUUCAUUGAAUCAAUCAGAACGAAUUUUUCAAAGUCUAAAAUAAUUUUUGUAAUUAAUUCCAAUCUCAAUUUAAUUUCAGAUUAUCACGAGUUGAUCCAGCAGUUCUCGUUUUGGCUGCAGUUGGAGGAACUGUUGUCUAUUUGAAUGUUGUGAAUUUGUAUCGAAGAUCAGAAGAACCAAUUUUGAAAAGAAUAGUUGGUUACACAUUUUCUCAAUUCCGUCGACUUCCAGCGGUCAAAGCAAAAAUUGAGAAAGAAUUAACAAAAGCGAGAGAAGAUAUGAUGCAUUCAAUUCAUAAAGAUGAUUCAGACAAGAUUUUCAUAUCCAGUAAGUAUCUUGUUAGACUCGUUGAAUUUUAAAAUGAAAUAUUUCAAGAUAUUCCUGUUGCUCCUUUAUCUGAAUCAGAAAUUGUUGAAUUGGCCAUCAAAUAUGAAAAUUAUAAUCAUUUUGAAAUUGCUGAAGGAAGAGUUAGUGGAGCUGUUUAUACAAAUCGUCACAAGGAACAUAUCGAUUUGUUGUCCAAAAUCUAUUCUCGCUAUGCUUUCUCAAAUCCUCUUCAUCCUGAUGUUUUCCCUGGAGCAAGAAAAAUGGAAGCCGAGCUUAUUCGAAUGGUUUUGAAUCUUUAUAAUGGUCCAGAAGAUUCAUCAGGAAGUGUUACAACUGGAGGAACUGAAUCAAUUAUUAUGGCUUGUUUCUCAUAUCGAAAUCGUGCUCAAAGUCUUGGUGUUCGAAAUCCGGUUAUUUUGGCGCCAAAAACUGCGCAUGCUGCUUUUGAUAAAGCUGCGCAUCUUUGUGGAAUGAGAUUGAGACAUGCUCCAGUUGAUAAGAAUAAUCGAGUUAUUUUGAAAGAAAUGGAACGACUUAUUGAUUCAGAUGUUUGUGUGGUAAGUUGAGAGAUUAUGGCUGAAAAUUGGUAUCAAAAAAUGUUUGCUAGAUUUUCGUAAAAUGAACAUUUUGAAACGUAUUUUUUUCAAAGGUUAGGAUUUUAUUAACGAGUAAAAAUAUGAAGAAAUAAAACCGUUUUAUUUUGACGCUCACUGACUCAUUAUUUUUUCAGAUUGUUGGAUCAGCUCCAAAUUUCCCAUCUGGUUCAAUCGAUCCAAUCCCAGAAAUUGCCAAACUCGGACAAAAAUACGGAAUUCCGGUACAUGUUGAUGCUUGUUUGGGUGGAUUUUUGAUUCCAUUUAUGUCGGAUGCCGGAUAUGAUGUUCCAAUUUUCGAUUUCAGAAAUCCAGGAGUCACUUCGGUUUCGUGUGAUACACAUAAGGUAUUUUUUCUUUUUGUUAAAAAAAAAAAUUGUUUAAAAAAAGUUAUUUGGAUCUGCGACCAGGAAUUAAUUUUAAUCAAAUCUUUCUGAAUUGUCUUCUUCUUUCUCAAUUAAUCGCCUAAUUUUUACAGUAUGGAUGUACACCAAAAGGCAGUUCAAUUGUGAUGUAUCGAUCGAAAGAAUUGCACCAUUUCCAAUAUUUCAGUGUUCCUGAAUGGUGUGGUGGAAUAUAUGCAACACCAACAAUUACUGGUUCAAGAGCUGGUGCAAAUACAGCUGUAGCAUGGGCAACUAUUUUAUCAUUUGGAAGAGAUGAAUAUGUUAGAAGAUGUAAAGAAAUUGUUAAACACGCGAGAUUAUUGGCUGAUAAGAUUAGCGAAAUUCCACAAAUUCAGGUAAGUCAAAAUUCAAAUAUUUCAUGGUUACUGUAGAAUAUGAUUUGGUACAAUACAAUUGGCACUUUUAGAUUUUGCAACAAAAAAUUGUAAAUUCUAAAAAAAUCUACAAAACUUUCGAAUUUCUUAAUUUUCAGCUUUAUGGGAGUCCUGAUGUUUCGGUUGUUGGAUUUUCUGGAAAAGGGAUCAAUAUUUAUGCAGUCAGUGAUCGAAUGAAUAAAUUGGGAUGGAAUUUGAACACACUUCAAAAUCCUGAAGCGUAAGUUGCUAGAAGGGAAAUGGAAAGUUUUAAAAUACCUAAAAUGUUUGAAUCUCAUAUUUUCAGAAUUUUUAAAAUUUCGAGAGAAAAAAGAAUAUUCACUGAAAGAAAAUUUUUAAAAUGUUUUGAUUUUGAAAAUUAUUCCAAAUAUUUCAAUUUUUAGUUCAAAAUUUUCCUGAUCUACAGUACUCUUUUUACAGUAUCCAUAUUUGUUUAACAAUCAAUCAAGCAAAACAAUCAGUUGUUGAUGCAUUUGCUCGUGAUUUACGACAAGUUUGUGAAGAACUCGCAAAUUCCGAUGAUAAAGGAAACAAAGACAGCACAGCAGCUCUUUAUGGAAUGGCUGCACAAAUUCCAGACAAAUCAUUGGUUGAUGAAAUGGUUGCACUUUAUAUUGAUGCAACUUAUGCUAAACCACCAAAAAAAUAA